AUGGCGACAAAUUUUUCAUUUAAUCAUAAUCUGGAAGAUCGACACUUUAAUGAAUGUUUACGUAUUGGUCUAUUGCCGACUGUAUCAUUGUUUCAACGUAAUGAUUUAAUUGGUCAAACGGCGCGAGUUUGUUUAAAUCAGGUAGCAGUUAACUGUAAAUAUUCAAAUUUAAACGAACUCAUCACAGACAAUGCAGAUUAUCUAGUUUCCAAUAUAACGCUAGAUCUACAUCGUGUCAAUGUUUUGACGAUAUCAUCAAAUUCAUCAAAUGCCAUCAGCUUAUCAUCUGGAAGAAGAGAUGAAACUCAACAAUUUCUACUAUCAGCUUGUAAUGCUACAAAUACUUUAUUUGAAUAUUGUACAAUUGAUGUUUUGCCAAUUUUGAAACCAAUGGUUACAAAGAUGCUUUCAUCUUUGGAUCUUACCUAUGAAUACACUACUGAACUGUUCCUUCCACCAUUCGCUCAAUUAAUGCAAACUUGCCGUAAAUGGAGUUGGCUGUUAGCAGGUCGGUGUAUAGACGAAAUGAAUGAUAAUGUUUCAAUGGAUAAGUCAAACGUACAAAGUGAUCAGGUAAAUAACUCCUGUCAGUAUAAUAAUAAUGAAUCAAUAUUAUCCAGUAUAUACCAGAAAACAUUAGACCUGAUAUCUGAGACUCGUCGUCUCCAUCAUAUUGAAUCGAAUGAUGGUGAUGAUGAUGAUGGUGUUAGUCAAGAGAAGUCAAACAAUGUGCAGAAUACCGACAGAAUAAAUGACUAUGAAAAGCAAUCAAGCAAUCAUGAGGAUAAUGAAGGCGAUGAAAAUAAAAAUCAUACAUUUCCUGAUCAUUUACAAAUAGUUGAAGAAGUUAUAUUACGAUGCAUACAUCUAAUGUCUGACGGAAAUCCUAGACUGCGCAUACUUUCAAUGAAUGUUAUUAAAGAGGGUUGUUUAGCUUUAGAAAGUGAAACUGAAUUAUUACUCCCUAUUGUUCAUAAAAUAUGGGCUUCUUUAAUGAUGAGAUUUCGAGAUAGUCAUGCUAUAGUUGUUGAAAAAGCAUUUGACCUCUUAACCAUAUUGUCUAAAGUUGCUGGAAAUUUUAUUCGACAACGUGCAUCAUCUGAAAUCAUUCCACCAUUGGUGAUGUUUUUAACAAGAAGUGCUUCUAUAAGUGCAUCGUCAUCUAAAUCGUACAAGUACUUGACAUCCCAUCGUGUACAGAAGUAUCUGUUGCAUGAGUUAGGAUCACUUUGUAAACAAACUAAUAUAUCGUCUCAGUCAUUACAAUCUGUAAUCAAUGUCCUUGUCAAGUAUUUAGAUGAUUCACAACCAGAAGAACUACAAAAGGCAUCAAUGUUUAGCCUCGAAAUCGUAUGGUCUCUUGAUCCCGGAUGUACAUGGAAUCUCCUCAUUAGUCAACUUAAUGAUUCCGAGGUACAAAGUCUGUAUUCUGGGAGAUUGAUAAAACCGUUUAAAAUGAUACAAGUCUAUCAUCAGUCACCAGAUUUACAAAAUGGGAAAAAUUUGAAAUUUAAAAAUAUUUCAACUUUUCUACAUAAAGUUCAUGGAAUCUGUAAUUAA